AUGCCAAAUUCGGAAUGUAUUGGCUUGGAAGAUUAUCAUGGUAAGCUAGGGCUGUUUGUUCUAGAUAGGAAUAUUGAGGCCGGUAAUGGGGACUUCAACCACUUCAAGCUCAUCAUCCAGAACCUUCUUUGUGAGCCAGAAAAUGAUGAAAAUGAGAUGAAAGCUGCAAGGGUAGCUGCUGUUUUUCGAGUAUUUAGUUCAAGCGAACAAAGGGAAAGGGAAUAUGGCACUUUCUGCAGAGGGAAUAUGGCAUUCGUCAGAUGGGCAGCUCUGCAUGGUUGUUUGUCUUGGCCAAGUUGGUGCUCCUUCAGACAGAAGCAAUUAUCGUAUCUGCUUGCAAGUCAGUUUCAAAAGAGAAGCGAGCCCUCCAAAUUGAGUACUAUUUUUAGGAAGUCGUUUCUUCUGUAUCCAUCACCAAAGGGUAAUGAUGAAGCCAGUUUCUCUUUUCUAUCAGAUGUGCUCUCGUAUCAUCUUUGUGCUGAAUCACGCAAACUACUAAAUGCUCAGACAUGUGUUGAAAUAAUGGUACUCUCUUUGGGUUCAUCAUGCGGACGUUAUUGGUCCCAUGUACAUGAAGAGAAACAUGAGAUUGGAAAACCAGUCUAUUCUAAUGCAGGAACAAUCGAAAUUUCAGGGCAUCUCAGCUUUACUAGUCAACAGUCCAACAGUCUUUCUCUGAGGUUUGAGGGUUUAUAUAACACUAUUGUUGGAGAAAUGUAUCUAAUUGGUUGCAGGGAUUCUCGAUCUUUUCAGAAGUUCAUAAACAAUGCCACAAAGCUUGAAGGAGGAAUGGAUUGUCUGAUUGAAGUCAAGAUAAAGUAUCCACCCAGAAAUGCACGUUGGCUAUCAAAUCCAAAAAUCAAAGUCUCUGUCAUCGGCAAAAGGAAUGAGGCAGAUCCUCUCUAUCUUAGCCCAAUCAACCUUGACAGCUUUCUGGGUUCUUAUGAAACAAAGCAGGAUGAUGUAAUAUUUGGAAAAGGAUUUGAGAGUGUGCUUCGGAUUCUGCUGCUAACAGUUGCAAUUCUAUGCACAUUAUGCCAAUCACUUUACACCAGAAAUAAGGGACAUCACACUGCUUAUACAUCUCUUGUCAUGCUUGGUGUCCACGCUCUCGGCUACACCAUUCCACUGAUCACUAGUGUUGAAGUUCUGUUCAACUGGAAGGCGUACAGGUAUUAUUAUGGAACCGAAGUGUACAACUUUGAGAAGUUCUACUGGUUUGAGGUACUUGACUUUGCUAUCAAGACUCUUCUGCUAAUUGCAUUGCUCAUAACUGUCAAACUUUAUGAGAAAGCAACACUUUGUGGCACAUCCAAGGACUUGAGUUUGGACUUGUACUCUAAGCUUGGUCACAUUACGGUUGCAACCAUGGUGUUGGUACUUUCAGUGAUAGUAUAUUUUCAACAGAAAUCUAACUAUCAGAAGCACUGUCAGACAGAGAAGCCAGAGGAGUGCGAGGAUCUGGGCCUGAAGUCUGACUUGCAUGAAAGUCUGCUCCCCGAGUGA